AUGGAUCUUAUGAAGGUGGUAGAAUUGGGUAUUGUGUUUUCAAUGCUUAUGGUUCAUAAUGCUGUUGCUGAUCCUGAAUCUGAUCUUAUAGAGAAGUUGCCAGGCCAAAGAGAGAAAGUUCCUUUCAAACAGUAUGGUGGGUACAUUACCAUUGAUGAAGAGCAUGGUAGAGCAUUAUUUUAUUACUUUGUAGAGGCUCACAACAAUGCUACAUCUAGGCCCCUGGUUUUGUGGCUCAGUGGAGGGCCUGGGGCUUCAUCACUUGGAUAUGGAGCAUUCAUCGAGACUGGUCCUUUCAGAUUAAAUGGCAAAGUUUUGGAACAAAACAAGUUCUCUUGGAAUACAGAAGUAAACAUGCUGUAUGUAGAGAGCCCAAUUGGAGUGGGAUUUUCUUAUUCUAAUACAACUUCAGAUUAUUAUUUGCUUAAUGACACUUUGACUGCUGGAAGCACCUUGUUGUUCCUUUUAAACUGGUUUAAAAAAUUUCCAAUGUUCAGAGAUGUAAACUUUUACAUAACUAGAGAGAGCUAUGCAGGGCAUUAUAUUCCUCAAUUGGCAACCCUUGUGAUAGAUUACAACAAAAAGUCAAGAGUUACACCUAUCAAUUUGAAGGGAAUUGCUAUUGGGAAUCCAUUAUUUGACAUUGACAUCAGUGUAAACACUGGUGAAUUUCUAUGGUCACAUGGCUUGAUUUCAGAUGAAACAUACCAACUAACUCAAACUAUCUGCAAUAAUUCUAGGUUAUUGACACAAAAGUUUGUUGAGCAGAACACUUCUGAAGCUUGUACUGAUGUCUUCAAUAAAGUGAAUGCUGAAAUUGGAUAUAUUAAUCGUUAUGAUGUUACCUUAGGUAUCUGUUUAGGUGAUGAGUCAUCUAAAACACAAUUAUCCAAGCUUCAAGGAAUUUUAUCAAAUAUUGGUAAGAAGAAUACAAAAGCUAUAGAUGGAGUUAAUCUUUGUGCUGAGGAUGACAUAUUAACAUACUUCAACAAAAAUGAGGUUUAA